AUUCCCGCUUCAAUAAAAUUGAUUCCAAUUGAUAAAUUACAUUGAUAUAUGGCGGUUUAAUUUUUAAAUUUAGACUGCCUUAAAUUUGAUGAUACAAAACUAUCAUCAAUUAAUAUUUAUGUGAGACAAGGAUGAACAAGCCUGGAUUAACUAAUUUAUUGCUAAAUGAAGAAGAAUUUUCAAUAUUAAAUUCAAUUAUUCUUUGUUUAUUGAGUAUAGAUGUUAAAAGAAAAUCAAUAACUUGAUCUCGGAUAUUGAUAGUGGUUGACUUAGUUGAGAGAGCUUAGCAAUAUACAAUUCUUCAACCUCAUUAGAAAAUACAAGGGUUUACACUCUAAAAUGUGUGUAUUAUAAAAUCUAGCUCAAUGAAAAAAUAUUUAUUAAUUAUUUACUGAAUUAAAUUAUUCGAAAAAUUAGUUUAAGAAAAUUUAAAUAAAUUAGCCAAUAAAUGAUAAUGAUCAAUUAGCAUCGGAAUACUCCUGAAAC